AUGAACGCCUGGACGACUGAACUUCGAAAAUGGCCGAUGUUAACCGUUUUUGUCUUCGGCCAAGUUAGCAACGUUUUGAGUGUCAUAGUACUCACUCGGCCAAAACUACGAAAGAACACUUGUUCGCUCUACUUAAUUGGAUCGAGUAUCAGCAAUACAAUUUGCAUUUUCGCCGGCAUAUUCUAUUUCGUACUGAGUUCAGGUUUUAACUAUUCCUUAACAGCAAAGUCGCGUAUACUAUGUAAGGUCUUACCGUUCACUUAUUAUUCAACACUAUUUCUAGCUUCCUGGUUUAUCCUUCUCGCAUGCAUCGAUCGGUAUUGUUCAACGCAUAAACGAGCAAUUAUUCGCCGCUUCAGCCAUAUAAACACGGCGAAAUGGUUGGUCGUACUUGUACCUUUAUUUUGCUUUCUUAUGCAUAUACAUAUUCUUUUCUAUAUGGAUUGGGUUCAAACAAAUCAAUGCAGUUAUACUACAUAUAACUUCCUUCUAUUCUUCUAUGUUUACUAUGUCGUUGUCUAUGCAUUUAUGACACCGAUUCUCUAUGUUACUUUUGCCGUUCUAACGAUUUAUAAUGUACGAAAAACUAAGAAGAUAGUCGCAAUAGUUGUUCAAAGAAAUGGUAUGAUGCUUUCAUCACAACGACAACAGUUAACAUUGAAUGCACAAUUACUUCGGAUGCUUCUUGUGCAGGUCAUUUCAUUCGUUAUACUAACGAUGCCAUUGGCAGCAUGGAAUGUCUAUAUUGGAAUAACUGCCUCGAACGAGAAAACGACAACAAGGAGAAAUUUAGAGAAUCUUCUCUCGAUUUGUUUUCGCCUGUUGACAUUUCUGAACAUCGGGUCAACGUGUCUCGUUUACACAAUCACGGCGCGCGUUUUUCGCGACGAACUUCGAGCUAUUUUUCAACAUCUAUGGUUCCGAACCGGCGUACAACGUCCAUCAUACAACAGUAUAUUUUCUGUCUCUCGACGUGUCUUUCCCACGAAGUGA